AUGGAUAAUGUUGAGAUGAAUGCCUUAAUGACAAUUAAGGGAAGGAAUAUACAGCAAACUAAAAGGAGCUUUAAUGUUCAAUGUGACUUUUUCCACAUGAAGGGACACACUCGUGCAGAAUGCUACAAAAUAAUUGGAUAUCCUACUAAUUUUAAACCUAAGAAGAAAUAUGGAGGAAAUGCAGCUAACAAUGUUAUUGUGAAUGAUAACAGGAAACAUGAUACACAUGGUAGCAGUUCAGUUAAUAUGGCAGGUAAUGAUGAUAUCACUGUUUUUUUGGUAGAAUCUAGCAACAAGGAAUGGAUCAUAGAUAUGGGAGCAACAGAUCACAUGAAUUCUGAUAUGAACUUAUUGGAUAACACAGUUAAAAUAAGUGAUCCAAAAGAAAAAAAGGAACUUUACAGUGGGAAGGUGAGGAGGAUUGGUAAAGAGAUAGGAGGACUCUAUCUGCUUACUCAAGCCUAUGCUAAAGGUAGUACUGCUGAAAUAACUAGCUUGAUUGCAAGCAAGGAGAAACAAGAUAUUAAACUUUGGCAUACUAGGCUGGGUCAUGCUUCAAUAAAGACAUUAAGUCAACUUUUUCAUUUUUCUCAGAGUAGUUGUAAGAGUCAGCUGGAACAAUGUAUUGUAUAUCCUUUAGACACAUCAGGCUGCUCUUCCCACACAGUACUAGCAGAACUGAUGAAGUCUUCAGCUUACUACAUAUUGAUGUAUGGGGGCCAUAUAAUGUAUAAACCUUUGAUGAACCAGUUUAAUAGAAUAAUCAAAGCAUUCAGAUCUGACAAUGAAGGAGAAUUUUUACACAGUGAGUGUAGUGCUUUUUUCCAGAAUCAUGGGAUUAAGCAUCAGAGAACUUGUGUCUAUACUCCUCAACAGAAUGGAAUAGCUGAGGGGAAGAAUAGACACAUAUUGGAGGGAUGUUGUUUUAGGGAGAAGAUAUUUCCUUUUAAAAAUAGGAAGCAAUCUCAGUACCACCUAUUCCUGGAACUAGAAAAUCCUGGUGACAUGCUUUAUGAUGUAGAAGUUCCUAUUGAAGAGGUAGCAGAUGCAUCUUCUCCACUUUCUGAAGCUAUGCCAACUGCUGAUCAACCAUCACCAGCAGCUGAACUAGAUGUGCAAGAGGCUAUGCCAACACAGGAUAACGAGUCACAUAUAUCCCAAGAGGCUACCUUACCUUCUGCACCACCACCUUCUAUUCCACCUAUGGAGCCUUUAAGAAGAUCAGAGAGAGACAAGAAAAAUCCUGUAUGGAUGAGUGAUUAUAUCACAGUAACAACAACAGUUACCAUGCAGAACUACCUCACCUAUGCCAGACUGAAGCCCCAUUAUCAGCUUUAUUUAGCAGCCCUCACUUCAAUCUCAGAGCAAACAAUCUUCUCUGAGGCUUCACAAGACCCACGCUGGGUAGAAGAAAUGAGAGCAGAGAUUCAGGCACUUGAAGAAAAUAAGACGUGGGAAGUUGUUCAACUGCCACCAGAGAAAUCUCCUAUAGGGCUCAAGUGGGUCUUCAAAGUCAAAUACAAGGCCAAUGGUGAUGUGGAGAGGUUCAAGGCCAGACUAGUGUCCAAAGGAUACAAUCAUCAUGAGGGGAUCGAUUAUCAGGAAACCUUUUCACAUGUGGUGAAAAUAGUGACUGUAAGGACAGUCAUUUCAAUAGCAACUGCUGAAGGAUGGCUUCUUCACCAAAUGGAUAUUUACAAUGCAUUCUUGCAGUGUGAUCUUUAUGAGGAAGUAUAUAUGAAACUUCCAGAAGGUUUUGCAAGCCAGGGAGAAUAA